GGGGCCCGGGGGCUCCCGGGGCGCCCCGAGCAGGCGGCGCUCCCGCCCCGGUCCCGCCCGCCCGGGCGGCUCCAGGAACCGGAUCCGCGGGCUCGGCAGAGCCGCCGCCGCCGCCGCCAGCCAUGGACCUGCGAGCCGAGCUGCUCAAGUCCAUCUGGUACGCCUUCACCGCCCUGGACGUGGAGAAGAGCGGCAAGGUGUCCAAAUCCCAGCUCAAAGUGCUGUCUCACAACCUGUACACGGUGCUGUGCAUCCCCCACGACCCCGUGGCACUGGAAGAGCAUUUCCGUGAUGAUGAUGAUGGGCCUGUGUCCAGCCAGGGCUACAUGCCCUACCUCAACAAGUACAUCCUGGACAAGGUGGAGGAAGGUGCUUUUGUCAAAGAAAACUUCGAUGAGCUCUGCUGGACGCUGACGGCGAAGAAGAACUACAAACCCGACCGGAACGGGAACAGCGUUGUGUCCCACCAGGAUGCUUUCAAGCUCUGGUGUCUCUUCAACUUUCUGUCUGAAGACAAAUACCCUCUUGUCAUGGUGCCAGAUGAGGUGGAGUAUCUGCUGAAGAAGAUCUGCACAGCCAUGAACGUGGAGCUGAACUCCUGCGAGCUGGAUGAUUACCUGUCCCAGGAGCCGCAGGGCCAGGGCGGCCUCACGGUCUGGCAGUUCCUGGACAUGGUGAACUCGGGGCGGUUCCUGAGAGGCAUCGAGCAGGAGGCCAUCAGCAUGGCCGUGGAGGAGGUGUACCAGGAGGUCAUCGAGGACGUGCUCAAACAGGGCUACCUGUGGAAGAAGGGCCAGCUCAGGAGGAACUGGUCGGAGCGGUGGUUCAUGCUGAAGCCCAGUGUCCUGUCCUACUACAUGAGUGAGGAACGGAAGGAGAAGAAGGGGAGCAUCCCGUUGGACAAGCAUUGCUGUGUGGAGGUGUUGCCAGACAGGGAUGGGAAGAGGUGCAUGUUCUGUGUGAAGACCGUGUCCCGCACCUACGAGAUGAGCGCCUCGGACACCCGGCAGCGCCAGGAGUGGACGCUCGCCAUCCAGACUGCCAUCCGGCUGCAGGCCGAGGGAAAGAAGUCCCUGCACAAGGACCUGAAGCAGAAGCGCCGAGAGCAGCGGGAGCAGCGGGAGCAGCGCAAGGCGGCCAAGGAGGAGGAGACACAACGGCUCAAGCAGCUGCAGGAGGAAAAGGAGAGGAAGCUGCAGGAGCUGGAGCUGCUCAAGGAGGCCCAGAGGCAGGCAGAGAUCCUGCUGCAGGAGGAGGAGCAGCGGCGGAGGCAGCAGCACGAGGAGAUGCAGAGGACUCUGGAGAUCCAGCUGCGGGAGGCCGAGCAGGCUCGCGCCUCCAUGCAGGCAGAGAUGGUCCUGAAGGAGGCAGAGGCAGAGCGGCAGCGCAAGCGCAUCCUGGAGCUGGAGGACAUGCAGGAGAGGCUCCAGGAGGCCCUGCAGCAGGAGGUGAAAGCACGGCAGGACGAGGAGGCUGUGAGAUAUGCUCAGGCCAGGCUACUGGCUGAGGAAGAGGAGAAGCUGAAAGAGCUGAUGAAGCUGAAGGAGGAGCAAGAAGAAUAUAUCAUCAGAACUCAGAGGGAGAAGCAAGUCCUCAAGCAGGAGAUGGAGAACAAGAACAAGUGUCUGGAAGAGGCGCAGAAGCAGCUGGAAGAAGUGAGAGUGAACAGGCAGCGGGUGGACCAAGAUGUCAUGGCUGCCCAGAGGAAGCUGCGACAGGCCAGCACCAACGUCAAGCACUGGAACGUCCAGAUGAACCGACUGAUGCACCCCAUCGGGCCCGGAGACAAGCGAACAAACGUGAGUGGAGGAGUCUUUGCUGGCUACCAGCCCCUUCUGUCACGGAGAGAUUCUUCCCUCAAACUCAAGCAGAGGGUGGAGGAUAAAGGCAAUGACCCCACCAGAGAAAACAGCAAGGAAAACGUGAGCAACGGUGGGAACAGCAGCACGUCACCAUCUCCAGAUGCAGACACCAUGGCCACAGAGCCCAACAAUUAGCCCACCAGGAUGGCAGAGCCCAGCUGGGAAUGGCAGGGCUCAGCUUGUCCCUCCAAGUGGACGGUCAGUGUGGCGAUCUCUGGAUGGGGACCAGCACAGAGCCUACAGGGGACUGCAUAAGGCACAGGUGCUCCCAUUUCCAUCAGUGAAGAGCUGCAGUCACCACGUGCCAGGAGGCUCAGGCAGCCCAGUGUUGGGAAGAGGGCAGUGGGACUUUCUCCUCUGGACUGCAGGACUCAAUUCCUUGUGCUCUGUUUUACACCUUGUACUAAAAAAGAGCCGCUGCUGGGUCGGGACCGUGUGGCCCAGGGCUGCAGUUCCCCCUUGGUUUCUACACCAACCCUUCUGCAUCACUCACUGUGCUCCAGGGUGUGGGGCUUUGCCACCAGCCAAGGACACCUGGACUGACCAAGCAGGGUCUUCUCGUCACCCCACACCACGCCAGGUGUCCCUAACUACAGCUACCACUGUGUUCCCUGGCAGUGGUUGAUAGUACUGGAGCCACUUAGUUAACAGAAACUAAUAAAGCUUUUGAAGCCUA